UUCCACCUACAACAACCAUGUUUUUGGCCAAGUGCAUUCUGGGUCUCGCUCUUCUGGCCGUGGCCAGCGCCCAAUUCAACACCAACUACGCCUCUGGUCGUAGUGGGAUGGUGCACCUCUUCGAGUGGAAGUGGGACGACAUUGCCGCCGAGUGCGAGAACUUCCUGGGACCCAAUGGCUUCGCUGGAGUUCAGGUCUCCCCUGUGAACGAGAACGCCGUCAAGGACAGCCGUCCCUGGUGGGAGCGCUACCAGCCCAUCUCCUACAAACUGGAAACCCGUUCCGGAAACGAGCAACAGUUCUCCAGCAUGGUCAAGCGCUGCAACGACGUCGGAGUCCGCACCUACGUGGACGUCGUCUUCAACCACAUGGCCGCUGAUGGCGGUACCUACGGAACUGGUGGCAGCACCGCCAACCCCAGCAGCAAGAGCUACCCCGGAGUGCCUUACUCCUCCUUGGACUUCAACCCGACCUGCGCUAUUACCAACUACAACGACGCCAACCAGGUUCGCAACUGCGAGCUGGUCGGUCUUCGCGAUCUGAACCAGGGCAACUCCUGGGUCCAGGAGAAGGUUGUCGAAUUCUUGAACCACCUGAUCGACCUUGGAGUGGCUGGAUUCCGUGUGGACGCUGCCAAGCACAUGUGGCCCGCAGAUCUGGGCACUAUCUACGGUAAACUCAAGACCCUGAACACCGACCACGGUUUCUCUUCUGGCGCCAAGGCCUACAUCGUCCAGGAGGUGAUUGACAUGGGUGGCGAGGCCAUCAGCAAGUCUGAGUACACCGGACUGGGCGCCAUCACCGAGUUCCGUCACUCCGACUCCAUCGGCAAAGUGUUCCGCGGCAAGGACCAGCUGCAGUACCUGACCAACUGGGGUACCGCCUGGGGCUUCGCCGCCUCCGACCGCUCCCUGGUCUUCGUUGACAACCACGACAACCAGCGCGGACACGGAGCUGGAGGUGCUGAUGUGCUCACCUACAAGGUGGCCAAGCAGUACAAGAUGGCCUCCGCCUUCAUGUUGGCUCAUCCCUUCGGCACACCCCGCGUCAUGUCCUCCUUCUCCUUCGACGACACCGACCAAGGACCACCCACCACCGACGGCCACAACAUCGCCUCUCCCGUCUUCAACAGCGACAACUCCUGCAGCGGCGGAUGGGUGUGCGAGCACCGUUGGCGCCAAAUCUACAACAUGGUUGCCUUCAGGAACACCGUGGGAUCCGAUGCUAUCCAGAACUGGUGGAGCAACGGCAGCAACCAGAUCUCCUUCAGCCGCGGCAACAAGGGCUUUGUGGCUUUUAACAACGACAACUACGACCUCAACAGCUCCCUGCAGACUGGCCUCCCAGCCGGCACCUACUGCGAUGUGAUUUCUGGUACCAAGAAUGGAUCCUCCUGCACUGGCAAAACCGUCACUGUCGGAUCCGAUGGACGGGCCACCAUUACUAUUCGCACCUCUGAGGACGACGGAGUGCUCGCCAUCCACGUCAACGCCAAGUUGUAAGCAACUGGGGCAGGUUCCAAGGAGUUCUGCCUAGCAGUGAAUUGAGAUUAUUAAUUUUACAAAAUAUAUGAUGCGAUUAUAAA